AUGACGAUAACUGUGACAACCCCCCCUAUACCUAGCGUGGUGGGCGCGCUGUCAUGCCAGAAAGACUCUUAUCUCCAGACACUGGAAACCGAGGUUGUAGCGUGCGACGAGUACAUACCACCGAAAGGAAACCAACAGAACGGCAAAGCAAAGUCGAAGAAAUCUACAGAUCCGUCUAAAACAAGCAACAAUUCGGAUUCGACAUCACAGCAAACAUGGAUGAUAGAAUUUGCUGACUCAGUCCUAUUCCCGGAGGGCGGAGGACAGCAUACAGAUCACGGUUUCAUCACGCCGCUUGGUGUCAAAGGAAUGAGCGCCAUACCAAUUGAAAACAUCCAGCGCCACGGACUUAGGUGUAUACAUUUCUCGCAUACACCUUUGGAAAUCGGCACAAAAGUUAGGCAGACGGUGUACUACGCGCGAAGAUGGGACCUCAUGCAGCAGCACACGGGCCAACACUUGCUCUCCGCAAUUAUGGACGGAAUGGAUCUGCCCACAGUGGGCUGGAGCAUGGGGCAGCCAGGAGAUAUGAAUUACGUUGAGCUAUCACGGAAGCCCACAGACGCAGAAAUCGUCAGGAUCCAACAAGAAUGUAAUGCGGUCAUCCGCGAGAACCUCCCUGUCACGGUCGAGACACCAGAGGGGAAAGUAUCAUCAACACUACCAGCCGACUACGAUGGAGAGCAAGGUGUGAUCAGAUUUAUCAAGAUUGGCGAUCUUGACUACAAUGCGUGCUGCGGUACACAUCUCAAGCAGACGUCACAUAUUGGUCUGAUCAUGUUGCACCAUACACAGUCGGUUCGAGGAACCAACUGUCGCCUCUACUUCACCGCCGGAGAUAGGGCAAUCAAUCUGGCCACCAGUGCAAUCAAUGGUCUCCGCAACAUCGCCGUGUCACUCUCGUCCGGCGCCGCACCUGAAGAUAUCGCAGCAAAAGUACAAGGUCUUAGCGAGCAGGUAUCAGAAGGAAGAAAGAGGGAGAAGAGGUUACUAGCGGAUGUCGCAAAACAUGAGGCACAACAGAUCAAGGAGACAUUGCAAUGUGCUGUGGGCGCCUUCUCGCACCGUCCUGACGACGGAUUGGACUUCAUCAACCUUGUUCUCAUUGAGCUCCGAGAAACACUCAAGAGCAAAGGUGUUGCCGUCGUAUGCACCGGCGACACCAAAACAUCUGGUUCUUUGGUCAUAACCGGAAACGCAGAGCUGGUGGCGAACCUAUCAGCGAAGGUGAAGGAUAUAGUCAAAACAGCUAAGGGGGGCGGCAAAGGGGAGAAAUGGCAAGGCAAGGUCACGGAGUGGCAGAAAGGCGAGAUCGAGGCACUGAAGACAGUAGUGGAGGAAUUGUGA